AUGAGGCCUACGGAACGUCCGACAUCAACCCCCGAACAUAUUCCAGAGGGAGGCGUUGAACAACAGGCGAACUUUCUGGAGCGGCAGAAAGCACGGUUCCUGAGCCAUGCUUCCUCUGUUUCCCAGGCUAGAUCUAUAGGGUUGAGACUUGGGUUGCCUAAUCCUCCACGCCUUCAUUCAUUUGGGUAUCAUACUGGCGUUCGAAAAGAGCCCGAGAGUGCCUUGUCGAUUCGACUUCCACAGCUUCUUUCUUGGAAUCAAGCAAGAAACUGCAUUGAUGUAUUCACAUCUGUCAUUCACCCAGUCUUUGGCUUUAUGAAAAUGGAAAGCAUAUGUCAAAGGGCCCAGGGACACUGGCAGGGCCGAUCCGAGGAGUACCCCUUCGAGGCAGUCCUCUGCGGUCUUAUUGCCUUAGGGUCUUUAUUCUCCAACUUCCUCGACGAGGAAAAAGAGUUGGAGAUUGUGCUUCAUGCAAAGACUCUUCUCGAGGAUCCCGUUAUCAGCCGUAACCCCUCACAGGACGUAGUCAUGGCCUGGAUUUUGAGGACUAUUUACUCCCGUGCGACAAGUCGGCCUAAUGCGGCUUGGUUACAAAGUGCCACCACGCUGCAUUUGAUCGAGAUCACUGGAGUACAUUAUGAUGAUGAAUCGACAAAUUCGUCGCCAGAUGACACCGCCGAUGUUCGUGCGCGCAUCACAUCGGUUGCACAAAGCCUUCACAUAAUUAUUGCGUAUGAUUAUGGAAAGACUUGUAUGCACCUUGAUCCCGCUGCAUAUCGCUAUAUUCAACCACGACAAGGUGACUUCACGGUCCAAUUAUGUAAACUCACCGAGACAGUCUUGAUUGCAACGACUCACACGGACCCCAUCGCUACGCAGGCGGAGCUCUUGCAGGCCAUGGAACUUUUAAUGGCAGCAGCAGUGGACCAUGACUUUUUGCUGCUUGCAAGAGCUGAGUUGUGUUUUUCCAUUCACCGUCGUCUCCAGAUGCUACACAUUGGUCUCCAUGGACAGCAGACCAAGUUCAUAGUUGCAGCAGGUACCGCGGCCUUGCCUGCAGCCCGACGGUUGGCUGCUCAACGUCAUCCAUGGUGGAAUGUCACAAACACCCUCUUUCAGUUCAUCUGUAUUUGUCUCUCAAUUGGUACCACCGAGACUCUUGCAAAUCUUCAACCAACAAUUGAAACUUUCGAGUCGAUCAUUCAGCACUUCAACACUCAUCUUGUCCAAGAAGCCUUCAACACAGCACUCCUAUUAAUAGGUGCAUGCCAGGGGCAGAAAGAGGAACAAGUUAACAUUCUUCAGCAAGCUAAAGGAACGCGGUCAGGAAGUGGUACUUCGAUUCUGGAACAGGGUGAUUGGUCUAUGAGUAACCCACAGAUUGCUCUUCUCCUUGAACAUUAUCAGGAAUCACCAUUCAUUGAUUUGAACGCAAUUUUUAAUAUUUAA